UUUCCAGUGAGUGGAAGCCUUGCGUUUCUGAGCGCCUGAUCUCGCGAGAAGUGGAAAGGGCGCAGCGUUUGAAACAUGGCGGACGACGUAGAUCAGCAACAGACCACCAAUACUGUAGAGGAGCCCCUGGAUCUCAUCAGGCUCAGUUUGGAUGAGCGAAUUUAUGUGAAGAUGAGAAACGACAGAGAGCUUCGAGGCAGAUUACAUGCUUAUGAUCAACAUUUAAAUAUGAUCCUGGGAGAUGUGGAAGAAACUGUGACAACAAUAGAGAUUGAUGAAGAGACGUAUGAGGAGAUAUAUAAAACCUGCUGGAAAUUGAGGAGACAGCAUCUCUAUCAGACCACCCUGAUUAACCCUCACCUGGGCUUCAGCAGGCUGCAUGGUCUUUGCCUGAGGACAAGUCAACAAAACGGAACAUCCCCAUGCUCUUUGUCCGGGGAGAUGGUGUUGUUCUAGUUGCCCCUCCAUUGAGAGUCGGCUGAGACAAGAGGAUCCUGUGUAGGAAAUGGAGACUUUGCCUCUUGAGAUGUACAGAACACUCACAGAGAGAAGCUCACAUGCAUUCUGAUAUCAGAAAUGACCCAAGGAUCCCUCCACCCUCAAGGAAGUUCAUUUCCGAGUAACUUAUAGCCUCUCAGCUAAAUCCCAUGUUCCUUUUCUCCAGCCUCCUGUCAGUGUCGCCAGCCUCCUCGCUCUUCAGGAGUGGUUUGCCCAUUGUUCUUGGAGUUACUUUCAGGUUGUUUCCUUUAAAUUAAAUUUGAUGUCCCUUU